AUGAGUAUUACAUCAGCGAGCCAAAAAUACACCUCUUCCACGCUCGCGGGCCCGACAGCCCUCACUGAAGCAGCAUCAGUAAUGAUGGUUCAAGCGCGUUUGCUUCAAACAAUUGAGCUCGCAUCCGUUCCGCAAAUCCAACAGCUUUUUAUGAGCGCAACAAACGCCGUUCUUGAAGCCAGCGCCAUGAUUGCUACUUUCCCACUCGAAUUGCAAGCCACGUUAGUCAAUGAAGAAGCUGUGGCUGGAGAAGACAAUGCUUCAACAAUUGUCACUGCAACUCCAAACCAAAUCGGAAUCCUCACACAUCACAAUAAGGAGCUCCACAAUUUACUACAGACCUUCCAGCAUGACGUCACAACAGUUCGAGAUCAGCGCAAUGCACUGCAAGAUACGGUAAACCAACUUAUCGAACACCUUUUUAAGCUAAUUGAAGACAUCGCCAAUCAACGCAUCCAGUUCAACACACAACUCAACAGUAAAACCGCUGAGGCAACUGCAGCAAAUACAGCAUUGGUUGAACGCACACGAGCACUACAAGAACAAAUUGAGAGAGCCGAGCAACAUAAUGAAACGGCACUAAACAACUGCCGCGCAGAGCACCAAGUAGUCGCGGAACGAUUCCAUCAAGAAAUUACUCGUCUCUUACAGCGCAGCGAACGUCUUCAAUCCGAGCAUGUCAAGACCAUGGUAGCUUUAACUGAGCAUCAAACUAUCAGUCAAUCUGCUCAGGAUUCGUUGGCCUGCACACUUCAAGCCGAGCACGAAAUUCGAGACCAGCUUACAAAAUCAAUUGAUCAUUAUCGUGUCGCCCAGGAAGAGGCGCUAAGUCGUAUUACUGAAGCCCAACACAUAAAAAAUUUCAUGGAGAUUAAAUUGGUACAAGAAACCGCUCGAGCCAAUGCUGCCGAAGAUCGCCUGACUGCAGAAAUAGCGACUCGAGCUUCCUUAGAAGAACGACUUCAGUCCCUGCAAUAUCGCUACGAAGUAUUAUUGCGCGAUACACUGCCUCCACUUUCGACCCACACAUCACGUAUGGACCGUGAUCAACCUUCACCUAUUAAUUCUGAAAACCUUUCGAUUAAUCCGGCUCAUCAAGAAGCUCAAGUGCCACUUCCGACCUAUGAUUUUGUGCCACCGCGCACCCAACGGUCGCCAGCACCGACACAAAACACACCACCACCGCAAAAUUCAGGUUCAUCUCCAGGACUAGCUCUAUCUCCAAAUUUAUCUCCAGACCCAAGUUCUCCAUCGCCAGCUUCAAGUCCUGUCCUCGCACCUCCAGUGCUAGCGUUACAUACGGUAUCCCGGAUCAAGGAAGUCAAGUGUGAGAUGUUUACCGGCAAGGAUAAAUACCCUGGUCUAGGGGGCGGCUUUGAUCUUUUUAUGCGCAAGUUUAAACAAGCCAUUCUAAGUGAAAGUCGACGUAACAACUCAACGUAUACGGAUGAAUUACGUGAGACAUUUCUCGUCACCUUUCUUGACGGCGCCGCCUCGGACUUUUAUUUUCAGUUCCUGGACGAGUUUAUCGACUCACACAACCGCAAUCCUUCGUACCAAGAAGUCCAAGCAGCUUUGCGUGAAGAGUUCCGGUGCAAGCUAUCGCAAUCACGCCUGAGCGACUAUCUAAACAAGCCUAAGAAACCAGAGCAAACAUGGCACGGGUACUACGCAUAUCUGCGCCACGUUGGGAAAGAAAUGGGCGGUGAUCAAAACGCCCUUAUCCUGGAAGCAUUUUGCAAAAAUGCCUCCACAGAUCCAGGGAUCCAGCUUCAGCUCGCCAGCGUCAUCGACUAUAACGCUACCAACAUCAACGACGAAAUAAAUAAAGCCUUUACGCUCCUGACGAAGCUUUUGGGUGAUGGCCGCAAGUCGAGUAGCCACAGCCAGCGUUCUUCAAAUGCAAAGGCAAAUAUAAAUAGAGCCUCUGCAGCUUCAGUGACAGCAUCUACGCAAGUAUCAGCGAAACCUAAAUUACCUCAGUACAGCUCUACGAGUCGCUCGCGACCCAAAGACGGCAUUAAACCAUGCUGGGUCUGCAAGACGACAGAACACAAAACAUUUGACUGCCCAGUGAUCCCAGACGCUCAACGCCGAGUCGGACAAGCCAGCGUUGCCACCGCAGUAAGCCCUACUGAUCAUGCCGCCGAAUCGUAUGUCGUCGAGGGUGCUGACGACACAAUUAUCGACUCAACUGGGGAAUGUUUUUUUCUCGGGUCGGCAGAAGAGUGUAUCGAUCAUGGAUCUCCGUUGGACUCUCCUACCCCUAAUGCCUUUAUUGGUGCUGACGCAUGCAUCGUACUUCAAUCCCGCGACGCUAAGUUGCCAACUUCGACAAAGUGGCUUAUUGACAGCGGCGCUACCCAUCAUUUUACGAACAACGCAGCUGCAAUUAUCACGCCCACACCCAGUUUCUUACGAGUCCGUGUCGCAAAUGGUUCCGUGCUUCAGGCCGUUAGCAAAGGCAGCGUACUGCUAAAGACGAUCACAAACGGAACGGUCACCCGAUUUGUGCUCACUGAUGUGCACUACGUCCCUGCUAUGCCACGAAACCUGCUUUCUGUUUCUAAGCUUAUCGAUCAAGACUUUGUGGUUUCAUUCUCCCGUCACUGUACGCUCUCUACGGAUGAUCGUAUCAUCGCCCGUGCCCCUCGAGAAUUACGUCUUUGGUCACUUUCCACAAUAUCUGAUACUGCUGAUGAGGCUGCUGCUUUUCUCGCUCGAAUUGAAAGCUCCACCCUUCGCAAGUGGCAUGAGCGGCUAGGUCAUCUGAACUACCAAAAUGUUGUUCGUAUGGCUGACAAGUGGCUUGCGGCCGGUAUAAAGCUGACAAAUCGAACCAUGCCUUUUUGUUUGCAGUGUGCUGAAGCUAAGCAAACUCGCAACCGUCAAGGUAAACAAGACACUUCAAGAUCAGCUCCUACAGACGAGGUUGGUGCCGUCAUCGGCUUAGACCUUAAAAUCAACAUCUCUUCAGUCGACCGGAAGGGACACAAGCACGUUCUCACCAUUGUUGACUAUGCUUCUGGGUACAACUAUGUCUACUUGCUAAAAACGAAAAAUGAAGCCUUCGACAAAUUCGUAAAUUUUCACGCAAAUUUCCAACGGCAAUUUGAUGUUCGAGUCAAAUGCAUUCGUUCGGAUCCUGGUGGUGAAUUUGUUAAUGACAAGAUGAGGCAAUAUUUGCAGCGCCAUGGAAUCCUACACCAGACAACCGAAACAGACACUUCCGUUCAAAAUGGCAAGGCCGAGCGCUUCCAUCGCACGCUGUUUAAUACAACUCGAGCAAUGCUCUGGUCAUCUGGUAUGCAGACAUAA